UUUCCAAUCCCCGCCUCCGGCGAAUUCCGAGUGGCUUUGGCGCGAGUCUGCGGCGUGUGGUUCUCUUCGGUGACUCAUGGGACGCUUGCGGUGCUCAACGCGGGGUAAAUCAGCCGGCGGUAUGGACCCCUUCCGCUUGCAGGGCAACCUUUCAGGGAAGAAAAAAUCCACGGCAUUCCGUAGUACUCGACUAAUCCCUAUGGAAACCUCUUCGUCCUCUGAUGAUAGCUGUGACAGUUUUGGCUCUGAUAAUUUUGCAAACACAAAACCAACCUUCAAGCCAGAAGUUGUAGAAGAAAUGGCUAAAAUAUUUUAUGAGGAUUCAGAUGAAGAAUCUUUCUGUGGUUUUUCAGAAAGUGAGAUUCAAGAUGUGCUGAAACUGGGGACAGACUCUGAAGAAGAUGCAGAGAAAUGUUUACGUAAAUUGCCCAAGAAAAGUUCUGUUCCCCUUAAAGUUGCCCUGAAGUUCCCAUUACGAAGGUCGAAGAGGGGGAAGAGUGGAAUAGUUCCAGCUUCAGAACCUUCCUGUAAAUUGGAUUCAGAGUCAGAAUCUGAUGAAGAAAGAGGCCCCAAAUUCUUGGAGAGAAGAGCUUUAAAUAUAAAGGAGAACAAAGCCAUGCUUGCAAAACUAAUGGCAGAAUUAAAAGGCGUGCCUGGAAUUUUUACUGAGAGAAGUCCACUAGCUACUCCUUCUCUGAAAGCCCAGCGUUGUCCAAGGAAAUCAGUUCCCAGAAGUGCUCUAAGGAGAAAUCCAGAAAGAAGCUCUAGGCCUCACACAAGGUCCAGGUCCCUAAUUGAAGGUCCUCCAAAUCCCAUGCCUAUGGAAGAGGAGGAGGAGGAUCCCUAUGUGUUAGUGAGAAGGAAGAUGUCUGAUGAUUUUUCUGAGGAUGAAAGGGACACUCCCAGAAGAAAGCGCAUGGGUGCAAUGACUCUUCCCCAUGUUAUCCGUCCAGUGGAAGAAAUAACCAAGGAAGAGUUGGAUAAUAUCUGUGAUACUGUUAAAGAUAAAGUUUACAACCGUGCAACAGGUUCUACCUGUCACCAGUGUCGUCAGAAAACGACAGAUACUAAGACAAAUUGUCGGAACCCAGAGUGUUUUGGAGUACGUGGCCAGUUCUGUGGGCCUUGUCUUCGUAAUCGUUAUGGAGAAGAAGUCAGGGUUGCCUUGUUGGAUCCAAACUGGCACUGCCCACCUUGCCGUGGGAUCUGCAAUUGUAGCUUCUGCCGGCAGCGAGAAGGAAGAUGUGCUACUGGUGUCUUGGUUUACUUAGCCAAGUAUCAUGGAUAUGACAAUGUCCAUGCUUACUUGAAAAGUCUGAAACAAGAACUUGAAAUGCAAGAAUGAACUUCCGAAACAAUUCCGGAAUAAUCUUCAGUACAUAUGCUUAGACUAAUUGUCUGAUUUGAGAAUUCACUUCUUUUAAUGGUUGGCAUUUUUAAAAAAUGGAACAAAAAUUGUGACUUUUGACUGAAGUCCAAAGUUACAGGAUGGAGGUUUAUAAUAUUGUUAAAGCCUUCUUAGUCCUGUUUCAUGAUGAAUAUUACUGGAUGUUAUUAGCAUCCCACGGAGCAGGUGCAGGUCUCAUUCAACCCGUUGGAUAGCAACAGCUUCAUACAAAGGCUAUAACUAACUAAAAGCAGUACUUGCCAUUAUAGUUCUCCUGAAUUUCACUAUGUGAGAUUUUCUGGUGGCAGUUUGCACAGGUAUUUUCUCCACGCAACUCUGAGUUCACGUUCAUGUUGGAACUGCUACUGUCGCAUUAUCCUAACUAUUGUUAGAAUUAGCUGAAUCCAAUCUUUGUUUCCCCUUUUUCGGGAAAAAAGUAUUUUGAGGGCAUUCAUUGAAUCUAUGUUUGCAGUUACCGUGUGUAAGUAGACUUGGUAAUGAAUCAAAUUCUAAUUUUUAAGGCUAUUGAAAAUAGCAGCAGUGAUUGUCUAAUAUUGCAAAGCAACUUAAAUGCUUGAUAACUACUUUCUGGAAAGAAACAGUGAUAAAGAACUUAAUACUUAAGUUCAAAAUUUUGACUAGUUGAGACAGUUUAAAUCAAUAACUGUAAAGUAUACUUGAUCAGUCGUGCUUAGGAGCAAGUUUUGUUGUGCGCAAAACAGUACUUAUAAUGAAAGCUUGACUAAAAGAGAUUUGAGAAGAUUCAGACUUCAUGAAAAAUUAGUGAACUAUAUGAUCUUAAAGCAUGCUGUCACUGAGAUCUUGGUAAGGGAUAUUUAAAAAGAAGUAUUACUUAGAGUUUGGGGAGACAGUUCCAUUAGGGCUGCAAAAAUCCAAAAAUCACCAGCUGGAAGCAAGUCGAUAAAGCAAACUCUCUCUUUGCUGCUAUCCAGAUAUUUGCAGCCCAGUUCAAGUAAUCCUAAAUUAUAUUAUUGACCAAAUAAUUUCACUUACCUAAUACAUAAAGCAUCAUGCCUUGCAUUUUCUCAGAAAUUAUGAAUUAAGAAUAGGGAUUAACAUAAUGGGCUAGUUUCUAUGAGCAAGCCUUCCAUCAUACUUUAUGCUGGAGAUAGUCUUGCAUCAACUGCACAUUGGACUGUAAAUGCAAGAGUUUGAGGUGGCAAUUUGAUAAGCCCUGUGCUUGUCUAAAGUAGUGACCAUGAACAAUACAGUUCCGUGAGUUGUAAUGUAGA